GUGACGGACACUGUCAAUCAUUUGACGUCAUCGCGUAACGUCGACGUCUUCCGCCGCACGGUGGUGGAGUGUUUCCGGCAAGAUGGUUGUGGGUGCCUUCCCUAUCGCCAAACUCCUCUAUCUCGGAGUGAGACAGAUGAGCAAGCCUGUAGCGAACCGAAUAAAAGCGGGAGCCCGGAGAAGCGAGUUCUUUAAGAAUUACAUCUGUCUGCCGCCAGCACAGCUUUACCACUGGAUUGAGAUGAGAACGAAGAUGCGGAUCAUGGGCUUUCGCGGUUCAACCAUUAAGCCUCUGAAUGAGGACGCUGCUGCAGAGCUGGGUGCAGAGUUGCUGGGAGAGGCAAUCAUCUUCCUCGUCGGUGGUGGCUGCAUGGUGCUGGAGUACACCAGGCAGAGUGCUAACUCUCGGCGUAAAGAAGAAGAGCUGAAUGAGACCAUCACAAGCCUACAGACUCAGAUAGCAGAACUAACACUAACUACAGAGACUCUAGAUGCUCAGCUGAGAGAGGUCAACAGGCAGCUGCUGUCAAUUCCUGUUCCCAACAGAAAGUGAUUAAAUUAGUUCUUUGCUAUAUGA